AUGAAGCUUUCAGUAAUUUUUGUCAUCAUAGGAUUAAUUGAAUCAACUUUAAGUGGUGGAUCGUCACAAUGUGAACCAUUUCUUAGUAAUUUUAAUGCUUUUUAUCAAGUUAUGCUGACUGUUCUGGACAAUAUGCAGCAAUAUUCAACUAGCACCUCAAACGACCCAGCAUUAGCACCAGCAUACGCAAUAGGCCUUAAAUGUGAAGCUAACAGUUCAAUCAUCUUAGCAGCUAAAGCAAUUAAUAGAUUAUCAGCAGUAGAUCCAAGUAUCAUCGUCAAUAUUCUUAAUGGCACCACAUCUGAACCAUUUGUUGCACCUCUUGACUGCAUCUCAGCUGAUUUGAUUAGUUUAAAGGAUAUGAUUCAGAAUAUUUUAAUAAAUGUGGUUCCUUCAAUUGAGGCUAAAGCUGAAGCUUUGGAAGGUAUGUCAAUAUCAUCAACAACAACAGUUCUAAAUCUAUCUAAGCUACAGCACAAUAAGCUUGGUAAGCUUCUCAUUCACAAAUGA